AUGACUGGACUAGGGCAGGAUGAAGCUCUCGAAUUGUCCAGUUGCCAUGCUUUCUGUAAGGCAGCCCCGGAGACCCCUUACAAAAGAGCCUGUCGAGGGCAUCCUCUUGCAUUAGAAGUCAUUGGAGCACAAUUAUUUGAUAAGGAGUCCAAUGACAUCCAAUGUUGGGAAGAAGCCGUCCAUAACAUUGGGGAAAAUCCAGACAUACCUAGAAUUCUUCAAACCAGUUUUGAUGGACUUAGCCAUAUCGAGAAGGAAAUAUUUCUGGAUAUAGCUUGCUGCUUUGUUGGUCAAAGGAAAAGAGACACUGAUCUUUUCUGGGAAGUUUUAUACCCCAAUAAAGUUCAAACAGCCAUCAAGAAUCUUUCACUAAAAAUGCUUAUAAACAUCAAUAGCCCUCAAGAUUCCUUCCAUAUGCAUGACCUUCUACGGGAAAUGGGAAGAGGAAUUUAG